AUGGGUGGCGCGGCAGACGCCAAGAAGGCGCCCUUCGGCUCGUCGCUCGUGUCGGUGUUCAUGCACGCCGACGCGGCGGACGUGGCGCUCAUGGUGCUGGGCCUGGUGGGCGCCAUCGGCGACGGCAUCUCCACGCCGGCGAUGCUGCUCAUCACCAGCCGCAUCUUCAACGACCUCGGCAGCGGCCCCGACCUCCUCCAGGAGUUCAGCUCCAAGAUCGACGAGAACGCGCGGAACCUCGUCUUCUUGGCGCUGGGUUGCUGGGUCAUGGCGUUCCUAGAGGGGUACUGCUGGUCGCGGACGGCGGAGCGGCAGGCGUCGCGGAUGCGCGCGCGGUACCUGGCGGCGGUGCUCCGGCAGGACGUGGAGUACUUCGACCUAAAGGUGGGGUCGACGGCGGAGGUGAUCGCCAGCGUCUCCAACGACAGCCUGGUGGUGCAGGACGUGCUGAGCGAGAAGGUGCCCAACUUCGUCAUGAACGCCGCCAUGUUCUUCGGCAGCUACGCCGUGGCCUUGGCGCUGCUGUGGCGGCUCACCCUGGUGGCGCUGCCGUCGGUCCUGCUGCUCAUCAUCCCCGGCUUCAUGUACGGCCGCAUCCUCAUCGGCCUCGCGCGCCGGAUCAGGGAGCAGUACACGCGCCCGGGCGCCGUCGCCGAGCAGGCCAUCUCCUCGGUGCGCACCGUCUACUCCUUCGCGGCGGAGCGCACCACCAUGGCGCACUUCUCGGCGGCGCUCGAGGAGUCGACGCGGCUAGGGAUCAAGCAGGGGCUCGCCAAGGGCAUCGCCGUCGGCAGCAACGGCAUCACCUUCGCCAUCUGGGCCUUCAACGUCUGGUACGGCAGCCGCCUCGUCAUGUACCACGGCUACCAGGGCGGCACCGUCUUCGCCGCCUCCGCCUCCAUCAUCCUCGGCGGCCUGGCACUGGGGUCGGGGCUGUCGAACGUCAAGUACUUCUCGGAGGCGAGCGCGGCGGGGGAGCGGGUGCUGGCGGUGAUCCGGCGGGUGCCCAAGAUCGACUCGGGCAGCGACACCGGGGAGGAGCUGGCGAACGUGGCCGGCGAGGUGGAGUUCAAGAACGUGGAGUUCUGCUACCCGUCGCGGCCGGAGAGCCCCAUCUUCGCCAGCUUCUGCCUGCGCGUGCCGGCGGGUCGCACGGCGGCGCUGGUGGGCAGCAGCGGGUCCGGCAAGUCGACGGUGGUGGCGCUCCUGGAGCGGUUCUACGACCCGUCGGGCGGGGAGGUGGCGCUGGACGGCGUGGACAUCCGGCGGCUGCGGCUCAAGUGGCUGCGCACGCAGAUGGGGCUGGUGAGCCAGGAGCCGGCGCUGUUCGCCACGUCCAUCAUGGAGAACAUCCUGUUCGGCAAGGAGGACGCGACGCCGGAGGAGGUCACGGCCGCCGCCAAGGCCGCCAACGCGCACAACUUCAUCUCCCAGCUGCCGCAGGGCUACGACACACAGGUGGGUGAGCGUGGUGUCCAGAUGUCUGGAGGGCAGAAGCAGAGGAUUGCUAUUGCCAGAGCAAUCCUGAAGUCACCCAAGAUCCUCCUCCUUGAUGAAGCCACCAGUGCACUGGAUACUGAGUCAGAGCGUGUCGUACAGGAGGCACUCGACCUGGCCUCCGUGGGCCGGACGACUAUCGUCGUUGCACAUCGCCUCUCCACUAUCCGCAAUGCUGACAUGAUUGCUGUCAUGCAGUACGGCGAGGUCAAGGAGCUGGGCUCCCAUGAAGAGCUCAUCGCCGAUGAGAAUGGCCUCUACUCAUCUCUAGUUCGCCUUCAGCAGACUAGAGAAUCGAAUGAGGUUGAUGAGGUCAGUGGAGCCGGCAGCACUUCCGCCCUGGGGCAGUCCAGCAGCCACAGCAUGAGCAGGAGAUUCUCCGCGGCUAGCAGGUCAAGCUCAGCCCGGUCACUGGGUGAUGCAGGCGAUGCCGACAACACUGAGGAUCCAAAGCUUCCUCUGCCGUCCUUCAGAAGGCUGCUUAUGCUCAAUGCGCCAGAGUGGAGGCAGGCGCUUAUGGGAGGCUUCAGUGCAAUUGUGUUUGGAGGCAUCCAGCCUGCUUAUGCAUACGCGAUGGGAAGCAUGAUCUCAGUCUACUUCUUGAUCAACAUUGGACAGCAUUACAACUUCGGUGCCAUGGGAGAAUACCUCACCAAGAGGAUCAGGGAACAGAUGCUAACAAAAAUCCUCACUUUCGAGAUCGGAUGGUUUGACCGCGAUGAGAACUCCAGCGGUGCCAUAUGCUCACAGCUUGCCAAGGACGCUAACGUGGUGAGGUCUCUAGUGGGUGACCGAAUGGCGCUGGUGAUCCAAACAGUUUCUGCGGUGCUUAUUGCUUGCACCAUGGGUCUGGUCAUUGCCUGGCGCCUGGCCCUUGUCAUGAUAGCAGUGCAGCCUCUCAUCAUUGUCUGCUUCUAUGCUCGCCGUGUCUUACUCAAGAGCAUGUCCAAGAAAUCAAUACAGGCACAAUCUGAAAGUAGCAAGCUAGCUGCUGAGGCUGUCUCCAAUCUCCGUACCAUCACGGCCUUCUCAUCCCAGGACCGCAUCUUAGGCCUCUUCAACCAAGCACAGAACGGCCCACGGAAGGAAAGCAUCCGGCAGUCGUGGAUUGCAGGCCUUGGCCUUGGCACUUCCAUGAGCUUGAUGACAUGCACAUGGGCCCUGGACUUCUGGUUUGGUGGCCGGCUCAUAGCUCAGCACCACAUUACUGCCAAGGCACUCUUCCAGACCUUCAUGAUUCUAGUAAGCACAGGGCGUGUGAUUGCUGAUGCAGGUAGCAUGACAACAGACCUAGCUAAGGGUGCUGAUGCAAUCGCCUCGGUGUUUGCUGUUCUCGACCGGGUAACAGAAAUCGACCCUGACAACCCUGAAGGAUACAAGCCAGAGAAGCUCAAAGGCGAAGUGGACAUCAGAGGAGUCGACUUUGCAUACCCGUCAAGGCCAGAUGUGAUCAUCUUCAAAGGAUUCUCAUUAAGCAUCCAAUCAGGCAAGUCAACAGCCCUGGUUGGGCAAAGUGGCUCUGGCAAGUCGACCAUCAUUGGGCUUAUAGAGCGAUUCUAUGACCCGGUGAGGGGAAUGGUAAAAAUUGAUGGCAGAGACAUCAAAACAUAUAAUCUUCGAGCCCUGCGGCGGCACAUUGGACUGGUCAGCCAGGAGCCAACGCUAUUUGCCGGCACAAUCAGAGAAAACAUUGUGUAUGGCACAGAAACAGCAAGUGAGGCAGAAAUUGAGAAUGCAGCAAGGUCCGCCAAUGCACAUGACUUCAUCAGCAACCUCAAGGAUGGAUAUGACACAUGGUGUGGCGAGAGAGGUGUUCAGCUGUCAGGAGGGCAGAAGCAGCGCAUUGCAAUUGCCCGUGCCAUCCUGAAGAACCCGGCCAUCUUGCUACUAGAUGAGGCUACCAGUGCACUGGACAGCCAGUCCGAAAAGGUGGUACAGGAGGCACUGGAGAGAGUGAUGGUUGGCAGGACAAGUGUGGUGGUGGCACACAGGCUCAGCACAAUCCAAAACUGUGACCUGAUCACUGUGCUCGACAAAGGAAUUGUUGUGGAGAAGGGCACACACUCAUCCCUCAUGUCAAAGGGUCCCUCUGGAACAUAUUAUAGCUUGGUUAGUUUGCAACAAGGAGGCAACCAGAACUAA